AUUAUCUCAGCCCCAGCCCAUAAGUGAAAUGGCUUUAAGUCACCCUGGUAUAAAAGCCAUGUUCCAAAUUGUGAAAGCUGAAGGAGCCAGAAUCCUUUACUUGCUUAUUUCAUUCACGGUUCAGUAACAACCAUGUUACUAACUUAAAAACUGCGGUAAGAAAAGUCAUAAAAAUGGGGCAAGACUCACUUAGGAAAUGUCUUGCUUAGUGUUUUGGGCUCAGUCGUGGUCAUAACUCAUGGGCUACCUGUAUCGGCUUCUUUAUAACGCAUUUCGAAGUAUAUUAGGUUCCUUAAGUUUGGUCUGCUAAAUCUGAUCUUUGAAAAUUCUAGAUCCAAGAGCAAAGAGGCGGCCGAGAAAGCAAUGAAGGAGGGAAAACGUGCAGGUCCCCAGUGGAAAGGAGGGCCAGAAAAUCCCACCAAUCCAGUUCGGCCCUUGUAUAUUUCGGAACCAAAAUUAGAAGAAACAAAUCUAGGAAAACUCCCCUGUGAAAUCCAGCCUGAGCAACCAGGAUGGGGAGCGUCACAAAAAAGUAAAGAAGAGCCGUUCCGCGGGAUGGAAGAACGCUGGGAAGCCCAGUGGCAGGAGUUCCUCAAGACCCUGCAACCUGCCUACAAAGGAGGAAGCAACCCAGGUUUUUCAGAGGCUUCACCUUGGGAAGACACCAAGGCCUUUCUAGCGUCCUUUGAGCAGGUGGCCCAAGCCUGCCAGUGGCCCUCAGAGCAAUGGGUGGCCCAUCUUCUGUCAGCGCUGAGUGGAGAAGCCGAAGAGGCCUUCCGAAGUCUGGAAGCCAGAGAUCGGGACGACUAUGGGAAGGUGAAGGCCGCCAUCUUGCGAAGGGAAGCCCUGAAAAUGGAGAGGCAACGCCAACAUUUCCGGCAGUUCUACUGCCAGGAGGUGGGAGACCCCCGGAGGAUCCACAGCCAACUCCAGGAGCUUUGUCUCCAGUGGCUGAGGCCGGAGAGACGCACCAAGGAGCAGAUUCUGGAGCUGGUGAUCCUGGAGCAGUUCCUGGCCAGCCUCCCAUCGGACCUCCAGAGCUGGAUCCGAGCAGGAGGAGCAGACACCUGUUCCCAGGCCGUGGCUCUGGUGGAGGAGUUCCUGAGGAGCCAGCAGGAGGUCAAAUCAGAGUCAUACGAGGGGCCAGGGCUGAUCCAGGAGGUGGCAGUGAGUUUUCUCACCUCUGAGCAGACUCCGUUAAUUCCCGCAGAGAGGAAGAUCAAGCAAGAAGAGGAGGAUAGCGGCAAUUCAGAAGCCGCCGCUACGUGGAUCGUUGAGUCGAAAGAGAGGGAUGACACCGAGUCUGUGAAGCUCCAGGGGUCUCCUUGGGACAGCCUCCCCAAACCCCAGGAGGACAGAGACACCCCGGUGAGCCGCGACGCCGUUUUGAAGCAGAAGGGAGAAGAUGGCUCAAGCCAGCCCAUGGCUGAAAUCUUUCCCCUGGCAGGAGAGGAGAGAAACCUAAGCCCUCCGGCGAUCAAGAAGCGGUACGGGAUCCGGGGAAAGAAGACUUGCUCCGUCUGCAGCAAGACCUUCAGCCGGAGCACAGUGCUGGCCGCGCACCAGAGGACCCACACGGGCGAGAAGCCGUUUGCCUGCCAGAACUGCGGGAAGUGCUUCAGCUUCAAGUCGGCCCUGGUUGUGCACGAGAGGACCCACACAGGCGAGAGGCCCUAUUCUUGCGAUCGGUGCGGGAAAAGCUUCUCCGUCAGCUGGGUCCUCACCAGGCACUACCGAGUCCAUGCUAAAAAUGAGCAGACGGGCUGUUUGCAGUGCGGGAAGAGCUCCAGCCAAAAGUCUCAGCUGCUCAGCCAUCAGAAAGUCCACGUCGGGAGGGAGGAGCCCUUCCGAUGGACCCAGCCGGGGGAAGCCUUUGGUGGGUGCGCUGUGACCAUUAAGAGACAGGAAGUUUCCCGCUCUGGGGCGGCGAAGCCCUUUGGCUGCCCAGAUUGCGACAAGUCCUUCAACACCUCCUCCCAGUUGGACAGGCACCACCGGGUGCACACGGGGGAGAGGCCAUUCACCUGCUCCGAGUGCGGGAAGAGCUUCAGGCAGUGGCAGAUCCUGAUGGUGCACAAGAGGAUUCACACGGGCGAGAAGCCGUUUAAGUGUGCCGUCUGCGGGAAAUGCUUUUCCAACCAGGCCAGCCACAUCCGGCACCGGAAAGUCCACGCGGGGGAGAGGCCGUACCCCUGCGCCCUCUGCGGGAAAUGGUUCCCCCAUCACACGGUCCUCGUGAAGCACCAGAAAAUCCAUGCCCGGGAAGCCUUAAACAGUCGCAAGGGGGUGGAGGAGGUGGCGGGGAAGGAGGAGAAGGAGGAUUUGGUUGAACCAUCUUGGAAGAAAAGAUCAGAAGAAACAAAGACUCUGGCUUUUCCAUUCAGUCUGUCAAAGCAAGCAAUUCAGGAACCACCUGAAAAGGUCAAAAGAGAUCCAUUCAUUGGAAUGGAGGAGCGCUGGGAUACACAAUGGGAGCCAUUUCUCGAAACACAACCCACCCACGCAGGCAGGCACUUGGAGGCUUCUCCCUGGCAAGACCCCAAGGCCUUCCUGGCCUCCUUCGAGCAGGUGGCCACGGCCUGCCGGUGGCCCAGAGCAGAGUGGGUGGCCCAACUUUUGCCAGCCCUUUAUGGAGAUGCGGAAGAGGCCUUUCAGAGCCUGGAUAUCAUUCAUCAAGAGGAUUACGAGACCGUGAAGGUGGCCAUCUUGAGGGGAGAUGCGGUGAAAAGCGAGGCCCAGCGUCAACGUUUCAGACAGUUCUACUGCCAGGAAGUGGAAGACCCACGGAAGGUUCAAAGCCACCUCGAGGAGCUUUGCCACCAGUGGCUGAAGCCCGAGAGUCACACCAAGGAUCAGAUCCUGGAGCUCUUGAUCUUAGAGCAAUUCCUGGCCAGCCUACCUCCAAAGCUUCAGGACUGGGUUCAGUCCAAGAGGCCGCAGACGAGUUCCCAGGCUGUGGCCCUGAUGGAGAACUUCCUUAGGAGCCAGCCGGAAGUCAAAUCCAAGCCGUGUCAGGGGCCAUUGAAAGGGAAGCAUUUACAUGAAGAAGAGUCUGUGGAGACGGCAAACAGCGAACAUGGUGAGAACAAGAUCAAUAAGGCAGGUUUUAGAGGACAGCGGAUGGAGCAAAUGCCGAAAGAAGGAAAAUUUGGAAGUGCAGAUUUAGAAGAGGAAACAGAAGGAGGAAAACGGCCCGGUGCAAUUCAGUCUGAGUCCGAGCAACAACCAUCCCAGAAGAACCAAAAUGAUCCAUUUUGGGGGGUGGCAGAGAGCUGGGAAAUCCAGUGGCAGCGGUUCCUCCAGACAUCACAACCCCCUCCCAAUAGAUGGAAGAAUCCGAUGAGGUCAGAGGAUUCCCCCUGGGAAAACCCCAAGGCCUUCCUGCUCUCCUUUGAGCAAGUGGCCGAAGCUUGCCGCUGGCCUAGGGAAGAAUGGGCCGCCCAGCUCUUCCCAGCCUUGAGCGGAGAAGCGGAAGAGGCCGUUCAAAACCUGGAAAUCCAAGAGCGGGAAAACUAUGACAAAGUGAAGGCGGCCAUCUUGCGAGGGGAAGCCCUGAGGACAGAGAUGCAACGCCAGCAUUUUCGGCAGUUCUGCUGCCAGGAGUUGGGAGACCCCCGGAGAUUUUACGGCCAACUCCACCAGCUGUGUCUCCAAUGGCUGAAGCCUGAGAGACACACCAAGGAGCAGAUCUUGGAGCUGCUGAUUCUGGAGCAGUUCUUGGUCAGCCUCCCACCAGAUCUCCGGAUCUGGAUCCGAGCAGGAAGGCCAGAUACGUGUUCCCAGGCGGUGGCCCUGGUGGAGGACUUCCUGUCGAGCCUGCAAGAGGCCAAAUCUGGAUCCUGUCAGGAGCUGCUGAAGGAAGAUCCUGUGGAUUUUGAUCCUGGAGAGGAAGAACUCUUGGAAACAAUGAAGAGGGAAAGAGUUGAAAUGGAGAUCAGUAUGUUGGGUAACGGAUGGGAAAGUGGAGUUAAGAUGGACGACUCUUUGGAUGAAGAUGAAAAUCUGGAGGCAACCUACAGGACAGACUCCCCGAGAUGCCCGGUGGAUCUGCCGUUAAACUUCGAGUCAAAACAGCAGACCCAGGAGACACCUAUGGAGAACGAGAAGGAACGUCUUUUGCUGGCAAAAAGAUUUUCUACUGCUGUAAUUGGAAAGACCACUUUAUCCAGCAAGGAUAAAACACGCUUGUUUUCCAAGUAUGGUCGGAAGUAUCACUACAGAGUGGAACUUGACAUGAUAGAUUCCUCGGAGGACUUUGAAGAAUGGCCCAGCUCAGAGGAAGACCUCCAGUGUCUUUCCGACUUCUGCGGAAAGGAAGAAAACAGAAGGCUUGAGAAAAAGUGCAAGUUUUCUGGGAAGAGAAAUGGGAAUCGUUUGAACAGAUACCAGCGUAGUUAUCUAGAAGAAGAACACGACCGUUCUCUCGAAUACAGGAAAACCUUCAGUCAUGCAAACUCACUAAAUAUUAUGCAGGCCCCUAACGAGGCUGAGAGGAAAGUGUAUGAAUGUUCUCAGUGCGGGAAACAAUUUGGUAAAUUUAGUCAGUGGAAUCAACAUCAGAAAAUCCACACCGGAGAAAAACCGUACAAAUGUUUCCAAUGUGGAAAGUCUUUCAAUCAAGCAGGAAAUCUCAAGACCCACCAGAAAAUCCAUACUGGAGAGAGACCCUAUAGAUGUUCCCAGUGUGGGAAAAGCUUCAAUCAGGCAGGAAAUCUGAAAACCCACCAAAAAAUCCAUACCGGAGAGAGGCCCUACAAAUGCCCUCAGUGUGGGAAAAGCUUCACCCGAGGGAUCCUUCUGAAGAUACAUCAAAGAAUCCACACUGGGGAAACCCCGUACAAAUGUCCUGAGUGCGGGAAAGGAUUCAAUGAGAUGCGCAACUUGAAAAGACACCAGAGAAUUCAUACCGGAGAGAAACCUCACCGAUGUUCCCAGUGUGGGAAAUGCUUCACCGAGGCAGAUGUUUUGAAGAUACACCAAAGAACGCACACCGGAGAGCGGCCAUACAAGUGUUCGGAGUGCGGGAAAUGCUUCAAUAAAUCGGGGACUUUGAGGAGACAUCAAAGAAUCCAUACCGGCGAGAAACCCUACAAAUGUUCUCAGUGCGGGAAAGGUUUCAACCAGAUGGGGACGUUGAAAAAACACCAGAGGCUUCAUCCAGGGGAGAAACACUACAAAUGUUCUCCAAUCCACGCUGCAAUUUAUAUCGGCGAGAAACCGCACAAGUGUUCGGACUGCGGGAAAUGUUUCCGACAGGCAGGACUUCUGAAGAGGCAUCAAAGAAUCCAUACCGGCGAGAGACCCUACCGAUGUUCUCAGUGUGGGAAAUGGUUCAAUCAAUCAGGAACUUUGAAGAGACAUCAAAGAAUUCAUGCCGGAGACAAGCCACCCCAGUUUCUCAGCGGUGGAAAUACGCCAGUCAGGGAAGUGACUAGAAGAAAGCCCCAGAACGGGCAGAAGAACCAAACAUCGGGGCAGAUGAACCUCGGUUGGGAGUCCAGAGCAUCGUCUUGGAUCCAGAGAGACACAUUCAUUGGGAUGGAAGCACGCUGGGAAACGCAAUGGCAGCAGUUCCUCAAGACGCUUCAACCCUCUCACUCCAGAGAAGGAAAUCCAACAAGAUCCAGGAAUUCUCCCUGGGAAGAUCCCAAGGCCUUCCUGGCCUCCUUCGAGCAGGUGGCCAGAGCCUGCCGGUGGCCCAGAGGAGAGUGGGUAACCCAUCUCCUGCCAGCCCUUUGUGGAGAAGCUGAAGAGGCCUUUCGGAACCUGGACGCCAUUUAUCAAGGGGAUUACGAGAGCGUGAAGGCCGCCAUCUUGAAAGGGGAAGCUACCAAAAUGGAGGCCCAGCGUCAACGCUUCAGGCAGUUCUGCUGCCAGGAGUUGGAAGAUCCUCGGAUAGUUUACAAACAGAUCCAGGAACUUUGUCACCAAUGGUUGAAGCCGGAGAGACGCACCAAAGAGCAGAUCUUGGAGCUGCUGAUCCUGGAGCAGUUUUUGGCCAGCCUGCCUCCAAAGGUUCAGAGCUGGGUUCAACCCAGGAGGCCGGACACGUGUUCCCAGGCGGUGGCCCUGGUGGACGACUUCCUGCAGAGUCGGCAAGAGACCAAAUCAGAAGGCCAUCCGGGCACCCAAAAUGAAGAACUGGUUGAUUUUGAACGGGCAGAGAAGGAGCCCUUGGAAACUGUGAAGAAAGAAAACAUUGAAGUGGAGAUCAAAGUGCCAGGCAAUGGAACCAAAUCCCCAAAUGACAUCAGCUCGUUGCUUCCUCUCGAAGGACCUGGAGUGGUCCGAUCUGGACUGAAAGAGGAACUGAUGGACCUCAAAGAAACGGACGUGCGUUUGCAGGCAGCCAAGCAGAGGCUGACCCACGCAGCCCACCAGAGCACAGCCUGGCAGGUCCUGCAGGAAGAGCCUCGAAACAUAGGUGGUUUAAGUGAGGAGGGUGACAGAAAGGAGAAUAGGGUUAAAGUGGAGGAUUUUCAGGGUGGAGAAGAUGCAGAAGAGAUAUGUGGCCAAGACACCGUGAUAUGCCCUGAGAAUCUGCCAUUAAAAGCCGAGAUGGAAGGAGAAAGCGGUGUAUCCAAUCAGCAUAGAUGGAGGCCACCGCUGGAAAUUGAGAGAAGGCGCAACAUGCUUGAAAAGGAUCUUACUACUGCUGUUCCAGAAAAGACCAACAAGGAUAAAAUGUCCAUGUUCUCCCAAUAUGAUAAAAGGUACCUGUACCAGGUGGAACUGAAUCCGAUACCUUCUGUGGAGAAAUUGGACCAAUGUCCUCAGAGAUUUGAGGACGGCUACCAGCAUACUUCAAAUGUGAAUCAAGAGGAGAAAGGCAUUGUAAGUGAGAAAAGGGUUGAAAUAGCUGAGAAUGGAACAGGGAAUAACGCAAACACUUAUCUGAGUAACAAUCUCAGAAAAACACAUAACAAUUCUCCCGAGUCUGGGAAAACCUUGACUAACCCAAACUCACUAAACAGAUUCCCGGUGUGUAAUCCCGAAGAGGAAUGGUACGAGUGUUCCCACUGUGGGAAGGGCUUCAAUAAAGCCAAAUACUGGAAACAGCACCAGAAAAUUCACACCGGGGAGAAGCCGUACAAAUGUUCCCACUGUGGGAAAUGCUUCAACCAGUCGGGCAACCUGAAGACCCAUCAAAGGAUUCACACCGGAGAGAGACCCUACAAAUGUUCCCAGUGUGGGAAAUGCUUCAGUCACACCAACUGUUUGAAGAUGCACCAGAGGAUUCAUACUGGAGAGACCUACAAAUGCACUCAGUGUGGGAAAUGCUUCCGAGAGACGGGGAUUUUGAAGAGGCAUCAACGAACUCACACUCGGGAGAGGCCUUACAAAUGUUCCCAGUGUGGAAAAUGUUUCAGCCUGUCGGGAAUCCUGAAGAGACAUCAACGAACCCACACUGGUGAAAGACCCUACAAAUGUUCUCAGUGCGGGAAGGGCUUCAAUCAAAUGGGGACGUUGAAGAAACACCAGCGAAUUCACACAGGCGAGAAGCCGUACAAAUGUUCUCACUGCCAGAAAUGCUUCAACGAGAGAGGAAAUUUGAAGAGGCAUCAGAGAAUCCACGCCAGAGAGAGCCUUAAUAUCAUACAAGAAUUCAUCUUGGAAAACGACCAUAUCAAUGUUAUCAAGGUGGGAAAGACUUCUACAGGGCAAGAAGUCUAAAGUGACAUUAAAAAACAACAACAACAUACUAGAGGGACACGGUUAGGGCGUUCUUAGUAAGAAAUUUCUAGGACAAGGAUCUCCAAACUUGGCAACUUUAAGACUUAAGCGACAGGAGGCUAAAACAUAUAAAGAUGCAGGAAUUGGGUAGGUCUAGUUUAAUAAAAAGAAGGACCAGGGG